AAUUCUCUGUAUCCUCCACGCUCCAUCACUUUGCUGCAUAUCUUUUCAUCAUGAAAGCAACCGGUCAUCCAAAUUAGGGCUUGUACUCUAUUAUAACAAAUAGUUAAUUUUUUUUUUAUAAUCUUAUCUUUUGAAAUUCUUUCGAUCAGAGAAAAUGUCUGCUGGGCUUAAUCGAUCUUCCAGUACUCCUUCCAAGAAUGCCCUUCCUCCUCAAGAACUCCUUGACGAUCUCUGCAGUCGGUUUGUUCUGAAUGUGCCGAAAGAGGACCAACAGUCAUUUGAGAGAAUUUUAUUUCUCGUAGAAUAUGCUCAUUGGUUUUAUGAGGACAAUGCCAUGGAAAAGAACCCUUCAUUGAAGUCAUUCACUUUAAAGGAGUUUACUUCAUUAAUGUUUAACAGUUGUGAUGUUUUAAAGCCAUAUGUUGCCCAUAUAGAUGAUAUAUUCAAGGACUUCACCUCGUACAAGGUUCGAGUUCCUGUAACUGGGGCUAUUAUCCUGGAUGAAUCUUUUGAAAGGUGCUUACUAGUGAAGGGAUGGAAAGGGACAAGCUGGAGUUUUCCGCGUGGGAAAAAGAAUAAAGACGAGGAAGACCACACCUGUGCUAUUAGAGAGGUCCUUGAGGAAACAGGUUUUGAUGUCUCAGAACUUCUUAACAAAGAUGACUAUAUUGAAAUGAUAUUUGGUCAGCAAAGAGUACGGCUAUAUAUAGUUGCUGGAGUAAAAGAUGAUACUGUUUUUGCCCCACUUACCAAAAAAGAGAUUAGCGAAAUAGCAUGGCAACGACUUGAUGAACUUCAGCCAGCAAAUGAUGAUGUUAUAUCCCGUGGCAUCACUGGGUUGAAACUAUAUAUGGUUGCUCCAUUUUUAACAUCUCUGAAAGCAUGGAUAUCAGCAAAUCUGCCUCCAGUACCACCCAGAUCCGACAGGCCCUUGAAAGGCAUCAGCGUGUGGAAGGCAAAGAACAGUUCUACAGGGAGCAGCUCUGCGGUCACUGAGAAUCAAGUUAACAAGUCAACAUUGGAUCCACGUCCCCCUGAUACAGGUCCUGGCAGGAGCUUCAAAAACUUUCGAUUUGACACAGCUAAGAUAUUGCACGCAGUGGAAGCUGCGUUCACUACGUAAUUGGCCAAUUCCUUGCAUCCUGUUGUUUCUGUGCAUAUAGUCUGGUAAUAUUGGCCUCCGCAACGUUAGUUUCAUUCGCCAUAACAUCCUACUCUAGCUUCUGCAUAUUUUGCAUGGGCAGAUUCGUAGUUGCCACAUGUACAAAGUGGAUUCUUGUACAUAUCCCUUGACGGGUUCUAGACUAUUUCCUUAUUUUUCCCCUUGUAGGACACUAGAAAUACUAGGCCGAGAGAAUGAAACAGUUGGUAGCUUUCUCGAUUUCUUGUAUACGUCCAUUCAGGGUUAUAAUAGUAGUGAACUGCCAUAACUUUUUUGGAUAAAAGGGGGCUGCCCUUGUUUGCGCUUU